AAGGGAUUUUUGAUAUAAAGUAAAAACACCAAAUAAUAUUUUGGUAAUAUGUGAGUUUGUAUCCUUCCCUUGUUUCAGUGCAAUCCAUUGAGAUCAGUAGAUAGCAGUUUAAUAAGGGUAGCCUGCAAUGCAGACCUGAUACAGUGGGCCACAUGUCGCAGCUAAACUUUGAAAUUAGCCUUCGUUGUUAAGUAUGUCAUGCCUUUCAUUCCAAUAGGUGAUAUUCCCCAUCUAUCUCUUGUCCUUUUGUCAAGGUAAAGUGGAGAAGUAUGGGUACAGCUCUAGCUGUGAUGUUAGUAAGGGGUGUUUCAAGUUCUAUUUAUGGUGGAUUUAUUGUUUUAAAAUAUGGAGAUACAGAGUCCUUUGGAAAGGGCUUAAAUUCUUGAGUACUUUGAACUGAACUGGGGAUGGAAGACAUGAACUCAACAUGGGCAGAAUAAGCAGCAAGAUGAGAAAAAAAAUGGUGAGGAUGAGCAGGUGAAAAAUGGUUGAAAAUAAGAAUAAAGUGUUACCUUUGUGGAAAGGCAACUUGCUUUCCUUUUUUUUAUAAAGAAUUUUGUACAAUUGUUUUGAAGUUACAGACAUAUAUAUAGCAUACCUUUUCUUUCUUUUCUUUCCCUUUUUUAUGUAUAGCUGGGCUUUUUAGAAAUAUUAUUCCUGUACUGAAACAGGAGGUAAUCCUAAUUUGCUCUGUUUGCUUGUUUUCCUAGUUUUUCUGUUGUGUGCAUUAUUAUGCAAGAAAGUCUCCUGUCUUUCCUUUUAAUAGAUUGCUUUGAAAUAUGCAAUUUUAUGUCUUGCUUUCUAUGGAUUAAGUUAUGUGCAAGGAAAACAGGAUAACAAUGAGGAAGAAAACAUAGGAAGAAAAGUAAUUUGUCCUGCAUAUAUCUAUGUACAUAUAGUAUUUGAGUAAGUAUGUGCACAGAUAGGUUUUGUUUGGAAAUCUUUGGACAGUUUGAAUUGAGUGUCUAGUAAUAAUGUAUAGGAGUAGAAUCUGGGUUAUUUAACACUGAGAAGUAUUGUUAUUUUAGGGGGGGAAGCACACUUACUGGUAUCAGUUUUAAUGUAUUUGUGCUAAUUAGUUUUUAGUACAUCUAUGUAUCUUGCAAAAAUGAAUCUGAAAGGGGAGGAGGGUAGCUUUGCAAAUAUAGUAAAGCACUGAGAACUCAGUAAGCUCGUUGUUAGAACAUAGAAACUUAUACAAUUUUAAAUAUUUUUUUUAAAUUGUUUUAUAAAAUAGUUUCUUGCACUUUACCUGCUGGCAUUUCAAUUUGGUAGAUAACAUCUGAACUCCAGCAGAGUUUUAUAAUCCCCACGUGCUUAAAUAUACUAAAUGUUCUUUUUCCAUUAAGGUUAAUGUUCGUGAAGAGAUUGAAGAGUUUUUUCCAAGAAUGUGGAAGAUAAAUCAAGAUAAAAGAAGGCUAAUGAAAAGUAUUAAAGAUCAGAAAAUUAAAAUUGAAUGGGGGAAAAAAUUGAACAGAAGAUUGGUCAGAUAGAAGCACUUGAAUGUUUUUUUAAGGCUAUAAUGAAUUGUUUGAAUUGGGGAAGAAUACACGAAGUAUGAAAAAUGAAAAACUCAAUGAAGAAUGAAGAAAAGUAGAAAGCAAGAGUGAAGUAGAAUUAAAAGAAUCUGGAAGAAUGAAUGGGUCCUAGGUUAAGUAAAUGAGUCUCGCUCCCAGUCAAAAUCCCCAGCUGGGAGUCCUGCUCGUGUAAAAUCGGAGAGCAGGUCAGGAUCUCGCAGUCCAUCGAGGGCUUCCAAACAUUCUGAAUCGCACUCUAGAUCAAGAUCAAAAUCAAGAUCCAGGUCCAGAAGGCAUUCGCACAGACGUUACACUCGAUCCAGAUCCCAUUCCCAUUCUCAUUCCCAUAGGAGACGUUCUCGAAGCAGAUCAUACACACCAGAGUACCGUCGUCGAAGGAGCCGUAGUCAUUCUCCCAUGUCCAACAGGAGAAGGCACACUGGCAGCAGAGCUAAUCCAGAUCCAAAUACUUGUCUUGGAGUGUUUGGUCUCAGUUUGUAUACCACCGAGAGAGAUUUGCGUGAAGUCUUUUCCCGUUAUGGACCUUUGACUGGAGUCAACGUGGUUUAUGAUCAGCGGACUGGACGAUCCAGAGGAUUUGCUUUUGUUUAUUUUGAGCGAAUUGAUGAUUCUAAAGAGGCAAUGGAGCACGCGAACGGCAUGGAGCUGGAUGGCAGGAGGAUCCGCGUGGAUUACUCCAUCACCAAGAGAGCCCAUACACCCACUCCAGGCAUCUACAUGGGCAGACCAACCCACAGCGGAGGAGGAGGUGGUGGAGGAGCAGGUCGUCGCCGUGACUCUUACUACGAUAGAGGCUAUGACAGAGGAUAUGACAGAUAUGAAGAAUAUGACUACAGAUACAGGAGACGAUCUCCGUCACCUUAUUAUAGUCGAUACCGAUCACGAUCAAGAUCCCGCUCCUAUAGUCCAAGGCGCUACUGAACGUCAGAAGAGUUAGCGAGGACGUGAUUUUUAAAUAUAAAGUUCAGAUCUUAGCUACCCUUCUGCCUCCUCUCCUGUUCUUCCUUUCCUUGUCCAGUUCUUUUACGGAUCUUUGGUUCAUUUAGAGUAUACAUAUUUUCAGUUGAAGUAUUCCCGUUUUCCAUCCCCCUUUAUUGUAAUACUCUUAAAUAUUGUAAUUGUUGUAGUUUUGUGUAGUAAAACAUCCUAAGCAAAAUAAAUGGAAACCCCAAGGUGUUGAUACAUUCUGGAAGUCAUUCUGAUUUUGUUUUUAAAACAAUUGGACUCUGGCUAAUCAAAAGAGCAGAAAGGAUUGAUAWUUUUAAAGCUUGCAUGUCAUGUAAUAUGCACACUCAGAUACUUUAUUAUAAACCUGCAUUUUGAAGUAACUCAUUAAUCUUUCUGUUGAGAUGUUUACUUUGAGAAACAAGUAACAACUGUUGAGCCUUUUCUGUAAUGACAGGUUUAUUUAGGUAGUCAUGAACCAGAGGAUCCUUUUGUCAAGUAGUUGCUUUGAAUGUAGAAUAUUUGAGCUAGAGCGAAACUUGAUAUUUGGUUGACUGGGAAAAUAGGUUCUUGUACACUGAAAAUUGAGACUGUUUUCUACAUAAGCUUCCAGACCGCCACACAGCGGAUAGCAUUUGAAGUUAAAACUUUUU